CCCCUCCAAGGAAACGGGGGCAGUGGUCUAUAGUUCCGCUGUGUUUGUGUUCCGGGGCUGCCAAGCGAAACCUCUUCGGGCGGGAAGAUGAUUCCGAUGCCGGUGGUGGUUUGCGUGCUGGGGGGCUGGUGCGCGGUGUACCUGGCCGACACGGCGCUCAAGUCAUCUCCCUCUCUGAAGGCAUCUUACGAGGAUUGGCUCACAUCCUAUGGUCUGACUGUCUCUCCAUUUCAUAUGCGAUGGCAGACAUCUCUUUUCAACCGCCUGUUUUACAGCUGGGGAAGAUGGAAGCCCAGAUUUCUUUACCUAUGGUUUAACAUGGGAAUGGUUUUUGGCAUAGCUGCUAUGUUUGGUUCUGUUAUCCUUCUGGGAAAGACACUGCUGCAGACUCUCUCGCAGAUGCUGACUGAGUCUCCUACAGGUCAGAAUGAUCAGAUGCUGCAGGUCGUGGUGCCUGGUGUAAAUCUUCCCAUCAGCCAGCUGUCCUAUUUCUUCACAGCCAUCCUGAUCAGUGGUGUCAUACAUGAAGUUGGCCAUGGGGUGGCAGCUAUCCGGGAGCAAGUUCGGUUUAAUGGCUUUGGAAUUUUUAUAUUUAUUGUUUAUCCUGGGGCAUUUGUUGAUCUCUUCACCACUCAUUUGCAACUAAUUUCUCCAAUCCAGCAGUUAAGAAUAUUUUGUGCAGGAGUUUGGCAUAACUUUGUGCUUGGAGUUGCAGGCCUUGUGGUUCUCUUCUUACUGCCAGCUAUACUUUUUCCAUUGUAUUACACUAGUGCUGGGGCGCUUGUCACUGAAAUAACAGAGGAUUCUCCUGCUAAUGGGCCCAGAGGCCUUUUUGUUGGUGAUCUUGUCACUGGUCUGCAAGACUGCCCAGUUAAUAGUGUGGAGGACUGGAAUUCCUGCCUGGGAAAGAUCUCUCUGAAGCCACAGGCAGGCUAUUGCAUAAAGACAUCAGUACUACAACAGCUGAGUUACCCAUCUAGAGGUUUUAGAAGACUUGAUGGUACUAUUGAAUGUUGCAGCAACAACAGCCUCACAGAUGUCUGCUUUUCAUACAUUAAUAAUCUGAACAAUCACCAGUACGCUUGCUUGCCAGCACGGAAAGCUAUCGAAGCCAGUCAACUUUGCCGAACAAAUGCAGAUUGCCGGAAGGAUUUUGUUCCAAGUGUGUGUGUGACACCUUCUUUGGAAAAUCAAACCAGAUUCAUUUGGGUGAAACAUCCUCCUCAGGUUGAUAUGUUGUUUGUUGGGCACCCACUGCAUCUUCAAUAUACAGUGAGCCUCAGCAGUUUUGUACCUCGACACAACUUUCUCAGUAUGGACUUUCCUGUGGUUCUGGAAACGUUUUGCAAAUACCUGGUUUCACUCUCAGGGGCAUUGGCCGUGAUUAAUGCAGUCCCUUGCUUUGCUUUGGAUGGUCAAUGGAUAUUGAACUCUUUCCUGGAAGCUACCCUUAGCACACUGAUUCUUGAAAAACAAAACAGGGAGUUGGUUGGCUUUUUAAUUUUGCUUGCUGGCAGCACACUUUUGGCUGCCAAUGUGGCACUAGGACUCUGGGUUGUGACAGCACGAUAGCAUAUUGGCUCAUUUUGACAUUGGAUGGUGGAUAUUCAAAGUAACUGGAAAACAGUGAAAUAUGUUACCUUUGAAAAUUGUAGGAGCAGAAGGAGCUUCAAUCAAAUUAUAUUUCAAGAAAGUCCUGUAAAUUGCAAGGAAUUCAAGACUGAAAAGGAUUUUUUAAAAGUAAAAACUGUAUUGAAAAAGGAGAAUUAGGGUAAAAUUCAGGUUACAUAGGUUUCCAAAUAGAAUCAUUGUUCAGCACUGAUAUAUUGGGCAGGAGGGAGGGUUCCAGUGAAUUCUUUUGAAAUGAACUGACUGUAUCUUAUCACCCAACUAAAUUGUGUUACUCUGAUCAUAUCUUAGAUUAAACUGUGAAAACCUGUUGCAUCAGGUAAUUUGUGUCAAAAGUCCACCCAAAAAUGGAUCAAAAUGGCAUCACGUAGCAUCACAUACAUUGUUUUCAAGAUGUAUUGCCUCAGGUUUUACAUUGUUUGUAAAGAUUGUUACAAUUUCCAUACACGUUGCUUAUUCUUGAGGCCUGGUGAAAGCUUUAGUAGAGACAGUCAUUGUGAGCUAGAUGUAUGUGAAGCUUUCAUGUGAUUGUGAUUUUAAAAACCACAACAAUUCUAGUGUCUUUUGAGAAAUCUCUAGAAAAGGCAUAAACUCCUUCCCCCAGAAUCAUGCCACUAGAAGAUUUGAAAGACUGCUAUACAUACAGGUGGCAAUGUGAACUUCUAGUACCUUGCAGUUAUACUUACCACUAAAACAGUGCUGUUCGACACUUCAGAUAAACAUUUCUUUUUGUGACUGAGAAGAUGAGUGCAUUUUGCCUAUUAUCCAUUGUGGAACUCAUAUUCCAUGUAUAUAACAAUUUUUACAGUGAAUGCUAUGAAUGCUCUUUCCCUCCAGCAAAUGGCAUCCAUUUAUGUAUCUUGCUUUUUUCACCUUUAAUGUAGAUUAUGCAGAUCACACUGCUUGUAAUUCCAGAAUCUAUUGCGUUUUGCUGUGCAUUCCCCCAACCUUUGAGGAUAGCUACGUUGAAAUCACAUUGGACCAUGAUGAAAUGACCAUGAGUAGGGUGCCCCUUCAGAUGUUCCUUCUCAAGGUAACAAAGUGCCACCCAUCUUUGCCCCACGUCUGUGCUGCAGCAUCCACAUGUUGCAGCACAGACGCGCUAUCUAAAAGGAACCGCUCUAAGGCAACGCAGCCCUAUGAUGGCUCUUCAGCGCCCUUAUGUCACGAGGCUACGCCCUGUGUGGACGGGGCCGCAGCCUUGUGACAUAAUGGUGCCGAUAGUAGGGCUUGGCACAUAUGGAUGUUGCGCCAUAUUGAGCCCUACUGUCAGCGCAAACUGCUCAUCUGUACUGGGCCAAAAUCAGAGAACUGUGAGUGGAGAUGUAAAGGGUGGAGCAAAUACAUACAGUCCCAUGCAUCCACCAUCUUGUAGCCAUCAUGCAUUCAAAUAUCCAUGAACAGUGUGAUUGUUGUAAAGGCUUUGCUACAAAUUUCUAAUGUGCAAUACUCCCCCAUCUUAAAAUACAUGUUUCAAAAUUCUGCAUGGAGCAGCUUUCCUUUAUCUUCUGUGAAGGGAAACUCUCAUGCUUUUAUAGGAAUUUUUAAUUUAGAUGAAGAUGAGCCAUCUCUUAAAAAGUUCUAUGUUGCCUCCAAAGUGUGGCUGUUCUCUUGUUAGCUCCUUUUGAACAUCAUUGAUACACUGAUUAUUCAAAGGAUAUUUAAAGUUUUCUUUUCUUACCUAGUUAUAUUUUCUUUUUUAACUGUGUGUUUCAGACAUCAUAUGCCUAAAACACUUUAUUAUGGCCUAUGUCUGUCUGAGAAAUAUAAAGGGUAUGCUUGUACAUUUUAACAAUUGGUUGGAGAUCUCUUUGUAUAUGUCAUGGCAUAGAAGCAGAACCUAAAUUUAAAUCUAAAAUAUAAAUGAUGAUAAUGAUGAUGUGUGCCAUUGCUAAUUUAUACUCAUUGUAAACAUCUGUAUCAGAUGCAAAGCUGUUUGAUAUUCACAGAAAAUGUACAUAAUUUAGAUUGAAAUCCUAAGCACACUUAAUAGAGUGACAGCCUGACUGAGCUCAGUGGGUUUUACCACUGAGUAGACAUGCUUAGGAUUGCAUUGUAUGAGUAAUAUAUAACUGGGCUGUAGUGAUGAAUCUUACUGUUAGGUUUAUAAAUAAAUAUAGAGUUAACAUGUCAAUUUUUGUGGCAUAACCUGAUAAUGGUGGUGAAUUGUAACUAUGUAAUUAAAGACUUUUCCUGAACUAGGUUGCAAAAUACUUUUUGUACAAAAGUUGUAUAUUGGAGUUGCAGAAAUGUUACACAUUUUGUCUUUAGUGUGUGCUUAUUUGUUUGUUUGUAUAUAAUUAGUAUCAAUAGUUUUUAAGACUGGGCAAAUUAUACUUGGAAUGUCUGAUUGCCAAGGCCACAGUCCAACACAGUGUUGAAAGCAAUUUCAGCACACAGAAGUAUUUGUAGCUCUGGCUUAGAUCCAGUACUGUCAACUUGGUACAAGAAUAAAUUGCUUGUCUUCUAUUGUGAAAAAGGUAUACUAUGUGACAUUUGUCAGUAAAUGAAUCAUUCUGAUCUACUGGUAUGUCUUAGAAUCCUUGUUCUUGUGAUUAGCCAAAAGCAACUUCUUGUACAAGAACAUAUGUGUAAGUCCUUUUGGUACAGAUGAAGGUAAGGUUCUUAACUAUAUACUGCUUGAUGUGAUAAAGUAAUAUUGGGGUCAGGUGAAGAUUAAAAGUAUUUUGUAAUGUUUCUUGACACCAUUGUGACUUCUGGCUUGCUGAAGUCCAGAAUCCUUUCUCUGCAAAUGGUACAAAUAUAUGAAUCAGUCACCUUGAACUCUUAUUUGAUUGCCUGAAAGCAAAUUCUAUUGAAAUGAAUGGGGUGCUUGCUUCUGUAACAGUGCUGUAAACAGCCAGGAUGUAAAGGCACAUAGGUUUUACUGUGAAAGUACGGUACAAUUACUUACAUUCAAUAAAAACAAAAAACGCUUGAACAGUUUAAGAUGUGAAUUUAGAUUAGCAAUGUCGCCUAGCAAAUAAGCAUUCAGUGCUCCUGAUAACAGUACUUAUUUCAAUGAAGCUGUUUAUAAAUUAUCCUUUGACUUUUCAUUCCCGAAUGAGGGCUGAGGGUUCUUUUCUACGACCUCAUUUACAACUGGUCACUGGUAUAUUCAGCUAAGAAUUUUCAAUUACUUUCCCUAUAAUUAUUUAGCUAAUGUUCAAGACAUACCUACACUAGGGUAAAUUUAUAGCUGUAAAAAUAAUACAGGGUUUUGGUAGUAAACAUUUUGUUCAUUUGUUUGGUUAAAUGGUGAUGCUCAGUUAAGUGAGAAGUUCUUGUUUUUCCUCUCUUGUUUUAAAAGAGACUUUGCUGGUUCAAGAGAAAAUCAAAUAAAAAAGAGCUGAGAUCUCCAUUUUGUUCUCUUGUUUGUGAUGAAAUUUUGCUUUUCUGAAAAAUAAAGUCAUCAAUGCUC